UGCAUUCGUGUCAUUCUUAUAGCAUCUUUGAAUGAGCUUGGGAUUGAGGAUGGCCACAUUCCUGAUCAGUCUAUGACAGCUUCUUCAAGAUUGGAUAAUAAUCACGGAGCUGGACGAGGAAGGCUUAACCAGGGACCUACCGGUUCUCAGGGCACUGCUUGGUGUGCUGGGGAAACUGACAAUGUUCAGUAUCUGCAGAUAGAUCUCAGUGAGUACAAUCACCGCCACAAUGUUGACACUUACCAUCACAAAGCAAAACUGGCACUGCAGGAACAUAAUUCGUUAUAAAAUGAGAAAUUACAUGGAAAAUGAACGAUUUAUUUUACAAACCUUUCAGUGAAACCAAACUGCUAGAAAGUGAAUGAAUUCGUCUCCUUCAAUUGAUGAAAUCCAUAUCAAAUGUAGGACUCUAAGUUUUAAGUUCGUAUAUUUCGUCCAUGAGAAAAUAACUCCAUGCGCGAUUACAUUCAAGUUAUAAAUGAGACCUCGCUUUUUAUCUCUUAUAAUUUUAAAGGAUAAGAGAAUCAUAUAUCGCUCUGAGUUAGAAAAUCUUUAAUGCAACAUGUUUCGCCGCAAGAGCUAAGAAUCAACAUUUUCAAUUACACUUUCGAUAUCUCCUAGUAUAUACCUCGCGAGUGACUCACGUUGCCACACAAGGUCUGAAUGACCCACCAAAGGAAGUAAAUGGAAGCAACAUUAACAGCUGGGUUAAAGAAUAUUCCCUCGAAUAUAGUUCUGACGGGAAAACAUACAAUGGAUACUAUUUCGAUAAGGACUUAAAGGUGAGAUAAUAUUCAACACACAAAUGGCACUGAGCUAUUGUCCAAGACGGACAGGUUGGGAAACUAAUAAGUCAAAUGAUGGAUAGAUGGAUGGUGGAAUGGCUAGAUGGUUUAUAAUCAAUCAAACCUUCCAAUGAUAAAAGUUGUUAUCAUUAUUAUUAUUAUUAUUAUUACUAUGUUGUUGUUGUAUUUUAACUCAUGUUUUGUUAACAUAUUUUUUUAUAACUGGUGAAUAAAAUACUUAAGUCGUUGCGGUUGAAAGUCAAGGGUGCUGUUAAAACCUAAUAAACCAAUGCUGAGUAUUCAGCUCCAAUGUCGUUUGACAGAGGUGAUCUAAAGCCCAAAGAUUUUUAAGAAAAUGAAAGAGCUAGAGGAAAGAAUUAGGCCGAUGAGCCUCAGUGUAGUUCAGUCUUGUUUGUCAUGAUCAAAACAUCUGGGCUGCUCCUCGUGUUUGAAACUUCAUAAAACACUCUUGCUAGUUUAUUAUCAAACUUUACUUUAUUAUCACUGCAGUCAUGUCAUUAAUUGUAAUAACCUUUUUUUAAAUUAAGAUUACCUUUUCUUCACUGUUCGUUUUUCUUAGGUAUUCGAUGGCAACAAAGAUGGUGGCUCCAUUUCAUGCUGCGAACUCCCUUACCCAAUGGUGGUUAGAUAUGUACGAUUCAAGCCUAUCUCUUGGGUAGACAACAUCUGCUUAAGAGUUGGAAUAUAUGGAAUUGGGAAUGUCACGGGUGAGGUUAUCUCAAUAUAUGAAAAAAAGGCUAAAAAUCACCGCCAAAGACGGUGCAGUGUUCGAUCAACUCUGUUUAACCUCGGAUCAAAACUAAGGAUCUUGAUCACAGUCAAAAAAGGCUAAUGAAUGGACCGAUAAAAAUAUGUCAAAAAGACCAAAGUUACAUAAGUAACUCGGGAAAAAUUGUGAAAGGUUUCGACCAAGGAGUCAUUUUGUAAGUAGGAAGAGCAUUGAACUGACGUGAUACAACUCACUUUGACUCCAGUGAAGGUGACUACCGCACAGGUUAUCGAAACGUCAGUCACUGUCAACAAAAACAGUCCAAUUCAGGACUAUGAUCAGCCGAACGAUCAUGCUCCUCCUACUUAAUUGUAACUCGAGUAAGUAAGUCAAGUCUUUUCAUGCUUUCAGAUCAGCCCUUACAGACAAACAUCCUUUUUUUUUAUUAUUUCAAUAUAUCAUUAACUUUACAGAACACCAAAAUCUAUUUAUUUACGCGCCGUUUUAUCUCUUAAACCACUGUAAUAUAAUCAUCUCAUACUUAUAUCUUACUUUUGCUUUUUUCCGAUAGCCCAUGCCGAAAUAACUGAAGAUGAAAUAGCUAUUCGCCACUACUGGUGGUGUAAGUAGAUUUAUUUAUUUGCUGUUGAAUUAACUGUCAUCACAGCUUUUUCAGUGGUAUGAAUUCCCCAGGGAUAAAAUUCAUUGUAUGCCUUUGGUUAAUCGUUAUACGAAAGACCCUCUCCACUUACACAGCCGCCCAAUCUGUUGUUGCUGUUGUUGCUGUUGUUCUUGUUGGUUAAUAAUUAGUUUGUUUUUUUGUUGCAGGGCCUCUGAUGUGGGUUCUUAUUAUCGUUCUGCUUAUUAUUGUCAUAAUGGUCUGCUGCUGUUAUCCUCGAAUUAAAAAGAAGUAAGAUCAGUUGCUUUCUGUAGCUAUUUUUUAUUUCAAUAAACAACGGGGUAUAUAUUCUCCAACUAUGGACAUUUUCGAGAUACGUACAUUAAUUCUAUCGCCCAAGCACUACUAUUUAAGCCAAUAAAGCAGUUUAUGUGUAAAAAUCACAAAUGUCAUGACAUGAAUAAUGGCCCAUUUAUAUCCGACUCACGGUCUCCGUUUGUGAUAUGCAUUUCCGAUCUGAGACAUGUCUUUUGCCAAAUACAAAAAUACAUACAAAAACAAAUGCAUUAAAAAAUGAAUAAAUAAAUAAAUAAGUAAAUAAAAACGUAAAUAAUCAAUUAGCCCCUUUUAUGAAUGAGAAGGAAGCUGGACCAAGUUAACUUUUGCAAAGACUUCUGGAACUGUUACUGUGGAGAGGGAAAAAGUCGGUCUAUUCUUUGUUUUCACUGUCACGCCGUCAAAAAUAAAAAUGCAAAACCAAUCAAUACAGAAAGUCCAGAAUCUAGCACUCGGAAGAAGAUAAAUAUACAAAACGCCUCUUCAAGAAUCAGGUCUGUGCGAUAUUUCAUAUGCGAGAUAUUCGGAAAAACGUUUUGCCAAAUUUUAUAAAGCUUUGUUUGGAGACUCCAUGUUGGUGUCCCUUUGAGGGGCACCGGCCACCGGAAACCAACAGAAACAUCUGGUGUUGAGUUUUCCUACUAAUGCGUGAAUUCAUCACUUAAGGAAUUCAUGAAGAUUAAAGUACCAUUUGCUCUGAAACAAGGAAUGUUUAGAUAGCAAAAUCUCAAAAAAUCGGUAAUGUUUUUAACCCACUUAAGAAGUUUCCCGGCCUUUCUCAGCUAAAGUGCCACGUCUCGCAAAAGCCCGGAAAUUCAAGCGUCCUCUACCGCAAAACGAAGAGCCUUUAAUUCCGAGCGGAAAAUAUUAAGAGCUGUAAUACCUCAUGAAGGUAGAAACUCAGAAGAACCUAUAGUUUCAGGAGCCCAUGGGCCAUGGGCUCCUUGGCUGAUAGUUUAAUUUUUCUUAGCUUGAAUUUAAGUGACGUCAUGUGAAAACCGAUAAUAGUAUAGCAGACCAGUGCAUCCCCAGUGACGAUCUCAAAAACAAUUAUGGCACGCAUUUUAGCUCCAAUUCCCUUCUCAUUUCUGAAGAGGCGAAUGUCCGUAUUUUCUGUAUUUGGUUUCCUUUCUUAGCCUAGCUCCUUAUGCUGUUUUGUAGGCGAUCUUUACACCCGAGACCAAGUAGGAAAAGCGAGAAGAAGAGACCGUCGUUUUAUACAAACCCAAUCGCACCACACUCCUCGAUACGGAGUGGGCAAGUUAUAAUUGCUUUGGAGGAGUUACAGGACGGUGCUGUACCAGAAGGGGACUAUGAAGAACCUGAAGACGAAGUACAGGAGGUAGGUGGUGAAUUAUCGGUAGGGAAUUUAAGCAACGACGUUUCAGCGAGCGACGAACGUCAACCGGAUGUGGAUUUUUCUCACUCCUCGCCGGGCCGCGAUUUUGCAGAACAAAUUCUUGGGCAAAUCGUCUUUGCUUCUUUUCUUUUUGUUUUAUUUUUUCUAUAACAACGUUAUUGCAUUUAGGUUUUUACCUAUUGCACAAGGUGAACACCAUGAUUUUUACGAAAUUGCGCAAUUUUCUAUCGUAUUUCAGGUCGUCGCCCACUUUACCGAUGACGGUUUCUCCAACAAACAUGGCGUCACUCACUUUUCUGUGGCAGAUGAGGACGAAGAUGAAUCUCCUGCGGCCCAGCCGGAUAAAGAUCGAAAACGGCAAAGUCAGGAAGUUCCGGAGAACUCUCAGCCCCAGCUGGCCCCUAUAAGAGUCUACGAGACCGAGCCUAACAGAGAAGAUUCAGUUGGUGCGCGGGGAAAACCUCGCAGGGGACCGUCUCAACAUAUAUACGAGACUGUUAACUAG